CAAUGGCGCGAAACCUCCAAGGUCCGCUCCUCCUCCUUGCGGUACUGCUUCUUAGUGCUCUCGUCGCGGCGCACGCGCAGUACUCCGCCCCCACCGCGCUUAAGAAUAUCGAAUCCAGACUUGCAAGUAACGGAAUGGGGACGUCGCUCCAGUACAUGAGGAACUGUGAAUUCAAUCAAUCGCUUCUCAGAAGCCUGAGGGCCAGAGCGAAUACGAUGCUACUCGUGCCACUGGACAGCGCGUGGGGCAAGCUUCGCGUGAAACAGUUGAGCUACCUCCGCAAGAAUCCCACCAAGAUGUGGCAGGUGUUUGCGUACCACAUGCUCGCUGGUUAUUACACGGCCGAUGGCCUCGCCGCGAUACCGUUCAACAGAACU